AUGCAGCUCUUUGUCCGCGCCCAGGAACUACACACCCUUGAGGUGACUGGCCAGGAGACGGUCGCUCAGAUCAAGGCUCAUGUGGCCUCGCUGGAGGGUAUCGCCCCGGAAGAUCAGGUUGUGCUCCUGAGAGGCACACCCCUGGAGGAUGAAGCCACCCUGGGCCAGUGUGGGCUGGAGGCUCUGACCACUCUGGAAGUAGCUGGCCGCAUGCUUGGAGGCAAAGUCCAUGGUUCCCUGGCUCGUGCUGGGAAAGUGAGAGGUCAGACUCCCAAGGUGGCUAAACAGGAGAAGAAGAAGAAGAAGACUGGCCGGGCCAAGCGGCGGAUGCAGUACAACCGACGUUUUGUCAAUGUUGUGCCCACCUUUGGCAAGAAGAAGGGUCCCAAUGCCAAUUCUUAAAGUCCUUUGUGAUGUUGGUUUGCCUCUAAUACAGCCAUUU